UUUGACCUCUUUAACUGAUAACUCUUUGAUUUCUAUGAAUCAGAGUACUUGUUUCCUCGCGAGUUUAUCAAUAUCUGCUUCUUAAAGCGGCUCUGCUUAACAUUUAAACUCGGUGUUACGAUUUUAGAAAGAGCUGAAGAUCAGUAUAGUACGAUGUUCGGUGUGUCGUGGAUGUAUCGAAAAUGACGCCGUGUUUUAGUUAUUUCUUCAUUGUUCUUUGCCUCAUUUAUAUUGCUGUUUUUUCUUCCGCGAUUUAUGAUCCAAGAUUGACAACUACGAAACCGCCAGAGCGUCGAGAAUUAAUACUUCCUUGGCAUUCAACUGAAAGAGAAUUUCGUGUUCAAACAACAUCUCCUUCUCCAAAAUGGUAUCAAUCACGGAACAAUAUUACUACAAAAUCUGACACGAAGAAUUGGAGCCCUUGGCGAAAGGCUUCGGGCAGCGAAAUUGAACAAAGAACGCAAAUUGACAUUCCUGAACAAGUCUCUGAACAAAUUUCUGAAGAAGUUUCAAAACAACAGCGCAAUUUCAAAUUUGACAAGUCGGAACAACAAGAAAGCCUGAGAUUUCCUUUUGAAUACGGAGAUUUGACAGAGAUUGAAAGAAAUUACGGACAUUUUAAGGAUGAUCAAUCAAAAUAUGAAAAUCGCAUUCGACCUCAAAACGAGAUUGAUUUUGAGCAUAAGUCAUUGAGAAAUGACGAGAACAAAAAAACGCACGCAGAAUUUGAAAAUGAGUAUUUGUAUGAGGGCGUUGCUACUGAUAGCAUGAAACCACGAAAAGAAAAUUUACUCCUUUCACGAAAAUCACAACACAAAGUAGCUCGAUAUAAUUCUCGAUUGGGUGUUCAGUGUCCUGAUGACAAUUCCACAGGGCAAUUUAUUUAUCCUCCAGAUUGCAAAUUUUUCGUUAAUUGUUGGAAGGGUCGUGCACUUGUUCAACCAUGCGCUCCAGGUACUCACUUUAAUCCUCACACUCUGGAAUGCGAUUUUCCGCACAAAGUGAAAUGCUACGAGGAUGAAUCUGAAUAUUUCAGAGAGUCAGAUUCUGAAUCCCAAAUUAAUCGAGAAUCACAAAAGUUGCAAGAACCAAAAUGUCCACCUUAUUUAAUCGGUUUAUUGCCGCAUCAUGGAGAUUGUACGAAAUUUAUACAAUGCGCGUAUGGUGCAACUUAUAUUAUGAAUUGUGGUCCUGGAACAGUUUUCAAUCCCGCUAUUGGUGUAUGUGAUUGGCCGCAUAAUGUAAAGGGUUGUGAAGAUAUAUUUAAAUUUGACCAAAAAAUGCCACUUACACCUCCACAUUUAAAUUCUGGACAUGAUAAUGCAAAAUAUAUCAAAGUAAAAAAAAUCACAUGUCCUACCGAUUUUACUGGAUUAUUGGCUCAUCCAGAGACGUGUAAAAAGUUUCUUCAAUGUGCAAACGGUGUUACUUAUGUGAUGGACUGUGGUCCUGGAACAGCUUUUAAUCCUGUUACAUUAGUUUGUGAUUGGCCAUAUAACGUACCCAGCUGUAAAACAGAUAAAUUUAAUGAUAAGGUACACAGGACAGAAGAUACUACUUGGAUCCCAUUUGCUGGAAUUCGAGGUACCACAUCACGAUCAAAUCCAAGCUACAAUCACACUUCUAACUCCCGUAGCCAUCCUUUUCAAUCGGAAUAUAACACGACAAUAUAUCCAACAUUUAGACCAACCUGGAGGCCAUUUACUACAUCUUCAAGCUCAUUUUGGAUAUCAAAGUGGACAACUCCAAGGACAUCUUAUGAUCGUUCUGAGCAUACUGUUAAUUAUCAUGACGGUCAUGGUCAUGCACAUAGAGAAAGCCGAUAUCAAGAUUUUGGACAGUAUCAUCCCGAAUGGAAACCAAGUAAUGGAAAUUUGAGACAAUCCUCUUAUCACAAUCACGAGUUUCAAGAUCAUUCAGAUGGGCAAUGGACGAAAAAUCCUAAAAUUGAUCAAAAUCCACAACGAGUUUAUCAUUCCGAUCAUCCAGAAGGAUCGUCACACGAAAAUAGAAAUCAAGAUUAUCGUUAUAAUCACAGACAUUAUCCUCCCGGUUAUCAUUAUCAUCAUCAUCACCAUCAUUAUCAUAAUUAUGGACCUACAUCAAAUCCACCAAUAAAUCCGAGUUGGAACUCAGGUAGUCCUACUUCUACUAUUGACGAUCGAAGGUACAAUCCAGGAUACCAAGGAUAUACUCCAAACGCAGAUAAUAGUCAUUGGUAUUCUGAUCAUUAUCCUGAUUCCGAUUACGGUCAUCAUGAUUCUGAACAAGCUACGCCGAGCAAAACAGAUCAAGAGAAAAGACGAUUUCAACCAUAUUUUCCUUUUGAAGGAUACAAUAAAGAUAAUAGUCAGUUUCAUAAUGAGCAUAACGAAACAAAGCUUUUUGCUGACGAUGAUUUGUCAGCUAGUCAAAGGACCGAUCAUGAUUUGCUGCCGAAUAGGCAAGACUAUAACAGAACGAAUCCAGAAUUUUAUCGUCCUAAUUUCAAUCAUACUUUUCCACUCGCUGAAAAUUGGAAUCAGAAUAAAUCGCGACAAGAUAGAUUAUCUCCUCCUUGGAUAGGACAAAAAAAUAUAACUUGGAACCAGCUUAACGGAUCAUCUAGUUUUAAACCAAGUACGUGGCAUGACCAACAAAAACAAGAUGUACAAACGGAAAUUCAGACACAUUCGUGGGAUCAAGGCAUGGCUAGUCAAGAUGAUAAAUUACGACAACAAUUUGGAAAUAAUAUACAUCAGCAAAGCACAAUUAAUAAAGAGACGGAUGCAAAAAUGGCACAGUGGGCAUCAAGAACAAAUGUUUUGUUAAAUUCAAAGAAUAAAGUAAACUUAGAAUCUACGAAUGCAACUCAAUAUCCUAGAACAAACUUUUAUCCAAAUGGAAUAUAUACCGAUGUAAAUGGCAUAAAAGGUCAUUACAUUACGAAAGAAAUGGAGAAUAAUCAAGAGCACUCAAAAAUCCACCAAUCACAUAAUACUGAAAAUAAUUAUACACCGUUUACGACAACGCUGCAGAUGACAACGACAACAGAAAAAAUUUCAAAUAAACAAUUCGAAUGGUCAAGAAGAGGACGGGAUUUUGAAAGUGCAAAAGAAAAAGAGUUGCAAAACUCUGAUUUAAAAUCUCUAAAUAUUAUAGAACCCGAAAUAAAUGAUUACGAUGUUGAUGUGUUGGAUGAUAAAAAUGUUUGGAAGCCUAGGCUGGUUUUUGAAAAUAAGACUAAAACAACGACGGCUUCGUCGGUCAUUAUGAGAAUCGGUCCAAAAAAUACUGAUCUCGAACUUUUUAAUAUUGAAACAGCUCCAUUUCAAGAAAAAGAACCUCCAUUCCCAGUUUAUUACGUGCAGCCAGUGCAUCCAUUAACUCAUUCAAAAAAGUCCGUUCGACCGACGCCUAUAUCUGGUCAGACUAUUCGAUUGAGAGGCGGUUCUGAGCCUAAUAAUGGUUAUGUUGAGGUACAAGGUAUAUUGCCUGGUUGGGGCAUUGUAUGCGAUUCCAGAAAUAGUUGGACUUUAAAAGAAGCUCAUAUUUUAUGUAGACAACUUGGGUAUAUCAGAGGCGCAGAAAUGGCUUGGCAAGGCCGAAACAAUGGCAGUGGUGUGCCAACUUGGAUCGCUGCAAAUACUAUAACAUGUCACGGCAAUGAAACCAGAUUUCAAUCGUGCAAAUACAAAUUAAAAAAAAAAAGAAAAACUUUGUGUAAUUUUAACCAAUGCCCAUAUUGUCAAACAGUUCUAGGACAUUGGGGGCAGGUAUGUGACGACGGUUUUGGUAUGAUCAAUGCUGAUGUUAUCUGCAAAGAGCUUGGUUUCGAUCUUGGAGCUUUGGAAGUUAGACCAGGUGGAUUUUAUGGAAAUCUCGAUCCACCCACAAGAUUUAUGGUAGAUCAGUUGAAGUGUCGCGGAAACGAGACUACACUACGGGAAUGCGAUUUUAAUGGGUGGGGAGUUCAUAAUUGUCAACCGGAAGAAGCUGUUGGAAUCGUAUGUAAGACCGCAGAAGACACUUGUAAGGAAGAUGAAUGGAAAUGCGACAAUAGUUUAUCUUGCAUACCGAUUCCUUUCAUUUGCGAUGAGGUGGUCGAUUGUCCAGAUCACUCCGAUGAGAGUUCGGAACAUUGUGAUGCACCGUUCGAGUUGCGCUUGGCGAAUGGUAGCAGUCCUCUGCAAGGAAGGGUAGAAGUGCGUCAUCACGGCGUGUGGGGUACUAUGUGCGAUGAUGACUUCACAAAUGCUACGGCAACAGUCAUUUGUAGAUCUUUGGGAUAUGGUGGUAUUGCAAUAGCUAAAAAAAAUGGUUAUUUUGGGCCUGGUCAAGGACCAAUAUGGCUCGAUGAGGUUUUCUGUCAUGGAAACGAAUCGCAAUUAUAUCGAUGCGACCAUAAUCAUUGGGGUCGACAUAAUUGUGAUCAUAAUGAGGACGCAGGCGUAAUUUGUUCAUCUGGAGAUAUCAACGAUACCGAACAGCCAUACUGGAUAAACAGUCAAGAACAUUCGGAACGAAACAUUGAUGAGCUACUUCCGUCAAAUUGUGGCCAGCGCGCCAAAGAUUUCGAUGACGAUGGAGAUCUAAUAUUUCAGAAAGUAGUGCAUGGCUCUGUUGCACCAAAAGGCACCUACCCCUGGCAGGCCAGCAUUCGAGUUCGAGGGCACAGUCGAUCAAAUCACUGGUGCGGUGCUGUUAUUAUAUCACCUCUACACGUACUAACAGCGGCACAUUGUUUAGAAGGUUACAACAAAGCUACUUAUUUUGUUCGUGCGGGAGAUUACAACACGGAUAUAAACGAGGGAACGGAAGUAGAAGCCAACAUCGAGGAUUAUUACGUGCACGAGGAAUUUCGUAAAGGCCACAGAAUGAACAAUGACAUCGCUUUGAUUCUACUUAAAGGCCUCGGCAUCCCGCUUGGCAAAGAUAUCAUGCCAAUUUGCUUGCCGACUGAGAAUGCCGAAUAUUCACCCGGAUUAAAUUGCACGAUCAGCGGAUUUGGCAGUAUUGAAAUGGGCAAAACGGUACAAUCAAAAAAUUUGCGAUAUGGCUGGGUGCCCUUGUUAGAUCAGUCAAUUUGCCGAGCUGAUUAUGUUUAUGGUGAAGGUGCCAUAAGCGACGGAAUGAUGUGUGCGGGAUAUCUUAAUGAAGGUAUCGACACAUGCGAUGGCGAUUCUGGAGGUCCUCUGGCAUGUUAUCACAAUGGAGCUUUCAGUUUGUACGGGAUAACUAGUUGGGGUCAGCAUUGCGGCAAAGCGAACAGACCUGGAGUUUAUGUUCGUGUAGCUUAUUAUCGUCGUUGGAUCAAUAAAAAAAUUAGAGAAUCGCUAGCAGGUGACAAUUCAACGAAUGGCAUUUAUACAAAUUGAAUGGAAGAUGUAUAUGUAUAGUCGCAGAAAACGAUGUGUUUUCAAUGUAAACUUAUAUAUGUGACUAACAUUACAUUGUUAUGAUUGAACUAUUAUCAGAGUAACUGAUCAGACAAAGACUAAAAUUGUUCGCUUAUUAAAUUAUUUCUUGCAACAUUGAUUUUCUGAAAAGACGUACAAACAUAAAAACAAUGUAAGUGAGAGCAUUAUAUGCAAUACAUAAAAUAUCACGACAUCAAAGAAUAUAUUAAUUCAUUAUAAAGUUUAGAAAAAUUCUUAUACUUUAACACGAAGAUUGUACUGAAAAUCAGGAUUGCUAAUUUGCAAAAAUCUAAGGAUUUACAAGCAGAGAAGAUAUACAUCAAAUAGUUCUACGAACAUUUCUUUAUUUUUCUGCGAAAACUCUAGCUAGAUCGAUGUUUCGCCAAGAUCCUGGCAAUUUAAGGAUACCUUGUAGAGGUAAAAGUUUAUUUCAGCUUUUCGCUUUAAAAUGUCAAUCUUUGAUCCAUCUUUGAAACGACAAUUCUAAUAACAUUCAUUGCUAAAUUUAUAUAUAUGCUCGUUGCUAUCGUUAUUUAUAGCAUCGAUCGAUAGCAAUCAUCAUUUUCGGUGCAAUCUUUGUAGAACUAAAAGUCCAACUUUCAUAUUUUAGUAUAUAUAUAUGUCAUAUCGAUUUAUAUCAUAGCGUACAUCAUAUCAAUUUUUAUCUUGUUUACAAUUGUUUGCAAAUAAAAAGAAGUUUACAAAUCAUA